GCGCGAUGAACGUAGCAUGCACAUUUGACUACAUUCCACGACGGAAAGUAGGUGAAGGCCAUUGCGUCAGUGCUGAAUGUGGGAGCAGCAGCGAGAGAGGCAGCGUCGUUGCAGGCAACGUGGAGGUGGGAAGAGACGGGAAGGAUAAAAUCAAGAAGAAACGGGGGCCACCGUACUUAUAUCUAAGGCGACUAACUGAACGGCAGCAGGCUGCUGCUGCCGCCGCUACCGCUCAAUCCACCCACCCGCCGUCAUCCCCAUCAACGGCUGCCGCUCAAGCCGCAGCAACCCUUACGUCCCUUUCCUCUCUUUCCCCACUUGCGCCUCCACCGCAGCUUGAUACCCCAAUGGCCGACUCACCCUCUGUAUUGUUCGAAGGCAUGUCUCCAAACACUGCGCUAGCCCAGAUCGGCAUGUCCAGCUUGGCGUGGGCGACCUCCCCGACAGCAGACGCAAGUAACUUGCCGGUGUUCGCCCUCCCUUAUGCGCCGAGUCCGAGCGUAACAGACAGCUACACCAGCAGUUUGGCUAUGCAGCCUCCCGUGCAAGCACGGGGUGUUCCCCAACCACCCCAGACUCAAGUCCAGGGCGGACCACUAUUCCCCUCCACACGACCGCAUCCCUCCCAACCGCCCUCCCAACCCCCAGACUCCAAACGUGACCGUACUCCCGCACCCGAUCCUUCCCGCGCAGCCCUGCUGUAUCCUCCCCUCGACUACCACUACAACCGUCAACACCGGAUAUCGGACAUCUACCCAAGGCACAAGGUCAUCCUUAUCCUACAGCUGUUCUUCGACUUCUGUUACCCUCUUACGCCUUUCCUGCACAAACCCAGCUUUUGGGCAGAUCUCGAGAGUAGAAGAGAAGAAAGGGACAGCCUGUUUUUUGCCCUAGUUAUGAGCACGGUUGCAAGAACGGUCACCCAAGUGCCCCGAAGCUAUUUGCCUAUGAGCAGACUGGAGGUGAGGAGGCUGGCUCAGGCGUGUUAUGAAGCAAGUCGACAUAUAACGGUCGAUGCGCCGAUCAGAAGUCCGAGCAUGCUUGUCGCGAUCCGGUUCUUCGAUGCACGAUAUUUAGAUUGUUGCGGAAAUAAGCGCCGUUCAGACUGCGCAUAUAAUGAAGCAGUCCAUAUCGCGCUCAAAGCGCGCAUGCACGACGAGCGGACCUACGAUGCCUGCGACCCGAUUGAGCGAGAGGUGCGUUCAAGGCUGAUCUGGUUGUUGUAUGGUGCAAUGCAAAGUAGCCUAGAUGCGGAAGAAAUGCCGGGUCGAUUGACGAGCCAAGAGUUCACGGCGCACCUCCCAAUCGAGGUGGAUGAUGAAUAUAUCACCCUGUCUGGCGUAGGCAUCCAGCCGCCUGGUACGACUUCCAUCAUCUCUGGUCUUGUUUACACCACACGGAUUUUCAUCGUCCUCGAUUAUCUACUUUCUAUACUCAACGCCGACCGUCGCGUUCCUCCGACAGGCGCGUUCGCCCAGGCCCGGUUGGAGGAGGUAGAGGCAUUGCAUGACCAAGUCAUGUCGGUAUUGGAUGACGUGCCGCCUCAUCUGCGCCUGCGAAAGCCGGGUGAAGGGCCUGAUGUCCGAGUCCGGAACGGAGAUCUGGGAGAAUUGCUUGGCCUUAGCCAGAGCGAGCAGACAAGAAGCGAUCUGAUGGACUUCCUCACGAAUCGGGGCUCGGGUAGCGCAGAGGCGCGCAACCCUUUCCUCGUACUGCAGGCCAAUAUGUAUGUCACUCAACAACUGGUGCGUUCACUGAUCGAGAGAUUUCGUCAUGAACUCCGGUUAGAGCUCGCAUCGGAUGAUGCAGUGAGGCAACAGCAACUGAAGGCACAGCACGCUGACGAGCAGGACGCGAUCGCCAAAGACCUUCUGCAAGUACUGCAUAGCAUCCCUAUCCAAGCUGUUGCCGCGAAUGGUCCAACACUCGUGGCAAAGAUCCGUCGUGUAGCAAGCGUGUUUCUCGAUCGUGUUCAACAAACGUCUGGAGGACCUCCAGGGUCACAAACUGCACUAACGUAUUUAUGGGAAUUCUUAACGGUUCUGAGUGAAAUUGAGCAGAAUUAUCUGUUGGAAGACGAUCCGCUAGAACAGAUCGUGGCCGGAGAGUACGCGAUAGGACCGUAAUUGAGGACAAAGGAAGAGAAAAAUAUGUUAUUCUGCCUUGGGAUAUGCAUUAUAAAGGACGUGAAGCUUUCACGUUUCCC